GGCGGAGGCUCUGUGUUGACCAGGUUCGAGUCUCCUGCAUCCGGGAUUUUACACUUGUCCCCCUCUGCCAAAAUUUGAUCCUCCGAGUAACAUCUACCGAGCACAUCAUAGAUAACAGAGUGGAGGAUCAGCCUGACCGUCCAUUCCCUGUGGCAGAUUAAAGUUACCCCGAGAAUAAAUGUUCCUUUCUUGAUAUAAAGCUCGGUUCCCCAGUUCGAUCCUUCGAGAAUGACUUUUUUAUACAAAGGUUCCAUACAACUUAAUUCGUUUCUUCGGCUUUGAUAGUCUCUCUUUUACUAAUCCCCCCUUUUUGAGAGCAUUGAUUGCUUGAAAGCUUACACUAAGCUUAAGUUGUGCAAUCUCCCGUCGAAGUCAUGGUUUCUUUCAUCUCUGGUCUCGUGGUUCCUGUGCUCGCUCUUGUAUCCCUCGGAAAUGCCUUCGAUUUUGAUUCUGUUUCUCAUAGGGCCGUACCGGUUGCUCACCCUAAAUUAUCGGCAGUGACAGUACGAUCACUUUUGCAAUCGAGAGAAGAGGCUUUCAAACCAAAGCAAGAGGCUACCCAUCAUUAUGCUGAAGGUAUGUUGUUUUGUAGGAUGGUGUUCCUUUUUAUGCGUCGCUAACAUAACUUUCAUAGAAAUACCCUCGCUUAGUGGAGGAAGGUCACGAUUCUCCAAGACUAUCACCACAUAUAAGCUUCCAGCUCUUGUCCUCGAAGACAUUGAGAUGGUUGUGGGAGGCAUUCAAUGCACUCAAUCUUCUAUCACUGUCCAAUUCCCAGAUGGUCAAACACUCGACUCUGUUCGACCAAGCUGGGAUAAUUUAGGAGCUUUCUUCAUCAUUUCAGCCCAUCCAGGCUGCAAUGCAGAUGGUGAGCGAGCACCAUACCUAGUUUCCGGCAUCCACUACGAUCUCCAGAAAAAAACAGCUGAGUUCGCUGUUGAGCCCAUCACCUUCAAAGAUGCCUACAAAACCAUGACAGUCAAGUUUGGUUCACAAAUUGGCCAGUACCCAGAGAACUCAUUCCGAACCCAUGAAGGUCUUCGAAAAAGACAAGCUAUUGCAUCUCCAACUUUCUCAAGACCCGCGACUGCAAUUGCCACUACGAAAUCUUCGAAGCCACAACCUACCGACAAUAAUGACCGGUUUUUGACAGCGCAUGGUGAUAUUGCCAAAGGCUUGAAUGGAACCAAAUUCAAUCCCAACCAAGUGCUUUUUGAACAGACAUUCCCGUGAGUAGAUCAUCAUAUCCAUCGAAGAUAUUAGUGCUAACUUUGAUAUAGUACUGUUGCAGGUAAUGGUGUCGAGUCCGUAAAGGUUGCCUGCAAAGAAUGCGCGAUCGCAGGUACCGUUGAUAUCGUCGAUGGCGAGUUUACCUUGAGCGACGAAAGCAACCCACUCACGGCAGCUGUCGAUUUCUUCAAUGACGGUUUCAUCAGGGCUGUAGUUAACAACAUGACCGCACACAUUGCAUUGGAAGCAAGUUUGAAAUUAGCAUCCAAGAAAGAGUUCGAGAGAACACUCAUCGAAGUCGGAAUUCCUGGUUUCCAAAUCCCAGGAAUCGUCACCAUUGGCCCAAUCUUCCGACCCGUCUUCACAAGUUCCAUCGAACUCAACGGGGAGCUUAACUUCUCCACCGGUUUUGAUAUCAAAGUCCCCGAUAACUCAACCAUCACCUUGGGAAUUGCAAAAAUCCAAAACUCCACCGUCUCAGGCUUCCAAAGGACAAGCGUGAAAGCCAUUCCCUUCCAAGCGACCUCCCCAUCCGUAACCCUGGCUCUCUCAGCCGGUCUCCGCGUCGACCUCUCCUUCGGCCUUAGUUUCUUCAACGGCCAGGGCAAAGCAGACGUCGGAGCCUUCUUCGACAUCCCCACCCUCAAAUUCAGCAUCUCCACCGGCACAAACCUAGACGAGAACUGCAAGCCCGUCGUCGCCAACGCCUCCUCGCCAACCACCGACAUCGUCCCCUUCAAAUUCCCCUCCCUCGUGCUCGUUGAGUUCGUCGUCAUCCUCGACGUAGGCGUCCAGGCCCAAUUCGACAUCGACUUCCCGGGCAUUAAUCUCCCCGGCACUCAGGUGACGAAGGAGAUCGCUGCCACCACCUUUGGCCUCGCAGAGUUGUGUCUGAGUUUCGAUAAGGAGAAGACGAGGUUUGUGAAGCCUACUGUGCCGGUGACUUCGUCGGCCAGCAGACCGGCUAUUACGAACUCCCCUGGGAAUCGGUUUGAGCAGAAGCCUAAUGGGAGUUCGUCUGAGUUGCCGAAGAGUACGAAUGGGAGUGGGAAGGCGAGGGGAGAUGUUGGGUCGAGUCUUUGGUGGAGUGGGGCGGGGUUGGUUAGUGUUUUUUGUGUGGCACUUGUUUUGUAGUUGAGUGUGUUUGUGUUUGAUGAUUCUUUUGAUGAUUGGAGAGAUGAGACGAUACCCCUUUUUGUAAUAUUUGUGUUUUUUUUUUUCGUGGAUGUGGAUGGUCAUUGGCAGGGACUAUGAGUAGCAUUUGAGCGGGCGAAAAAGUUGAAAAGAUUAGCUUAGAGCUGGAAUGGAAUGCCUAGAUGUAUAACAGAGGUAAUUUUAAAGCAAAUUCUUGGAAACAUA